UAAAAUCAUUUAAAAUGAUUUUCAUUGUCAUUUUUGCUUCUGUUGUUUUUUUAUUGUAUUUAUACAAUGUUCGAACAUUCAGUUACUGGAAAAAAAGAGGAAUCAAGCACGAAAAACCUGUUCUACUUUUCGGGACAUACACAAAAGUUUCGCUUGGGAAGCAAAGCAGAUCACAGAUGGCGGAAGAACUGUAUUGGAAGUAUCCCGAUGAAGAUGUCGUUGGUGCUUUCAAGGCACACACACCAGAAUUAAUUAUAAGAAAUCCAGAACUUAUAAAAAAUAUUCUUGUCAAUGAUUUCUCAUCAUUUUACAGUCGUGGAUUCAAUACUCAUAAAACAGUGACAGAACCUUUAAGAAAACAUUUGUUUUCUGUUGAUGGAGAUCUUUGGCGUUUGUUGAGACAAAGAAUGACUCCAGCAUUCACAAGUGGAAAACUAAAAGCAAUGUUCCCUUUAAUUGUAGAACGAGCUGAGAAAUUACAGUUACGCACUUUAGCAGCCGCCUCUCAAAAUUGUCCCUUGAAUGUGCGUGACCUCAUGUCUUGCUUCACCACUGACUUUAUUGGUGCCUGUGGUUUCGGAAUAGACUCUGACUCAUUGAAUGAAGAAAACUCAGAAUUCCGUAAAAUUGGUGCACAAAUAUUUUCAACCACAACGCGAGAUGUUAUAAUUAAUAUACUGAAAGAAUUGUUUCCUGAGCUCUUCAAAAAUUUAAAGGUGUUCUCGAAAAUCGAAAACGACAUAAUGGAUUUGGUGAAACAAAUACAAAUAAAAAGAAACUAUCAGCCAUCGGGUCGCAACGAUUUCAUAGAUCUGCUUUUAGCCUGUCAAAAAAAAGGUGCUAUGGAAGGAGAAUCCAUAGAAAAACUCAACCCUGAUGGUACACCCGUGCAGGUGUCAGCUGAAUUGGAUGAUGAGUUAUUCGCUGCCCAAGUGUUUGUGUUCUUUUCUGCUGGGUUUGAAACGUCUGCAUCUUCAACAAGUUUCACAUUACAUCAACUGGCGUUCAAUCCCGAUGUUCAAAAAAAAGUUCAGAAUGAAAUUGAUGAUGUCCUUGAUAAAUAUAAUGGUUCACUGUGUUAUGACGCUAUAAAAGAGAUGACAUACUUAGAAUGGGCGUUUAAAGAAGGGCUUAGAAUGUUCUCCCCACUUGGGUACCUCAUAAGAGAGUGUACGUCAAAGUUCACGUUCAAAGAUGUAAACUUUAAUAUAGAUGAAGAUGUAAAAAUAUUGAUUCCAGUACAGUCGUUGCACAUGGACUCAAAUUAUUGGGAUGAUCCUGAAGAAUUUCGUCCGGAAAGAUUUCAUCCGGAUAAUUUUACUUCCAGGCAAAAAUUGGUUUAUUUCCCGUUCGGUGAAGGACCACGUAAUUGCAUAGGUAGUCGUCUGGGUUUGAUGCAGUCGCUGGCUGGUCUGGCGGCCAUUCUCUCGAAGUUCAACGUGGAACCUGCGCCUGAGUCGACCAGACAAGUUGAAGUCAAUACUAAAUCGCAUCUUGUUCAAGGUGUAAAAAACAAUUAUUUGCCACUUAUGUUUAGAGAAAGGAGUACCGCUUAUUAAUACCAACUCGUUAAAGAAACCAACGUGACCUUACUUACUUUAAGUGUUAAUACUUACCUAUUAUCCUAGGCCUAUAGAACUGAAAGUCAUUAGGUUAAAACGAACGAACAUAUUUUUAUUCUGACUAUUAUUUUAUUAUUUAAUAGAACUUC